AUGACAUUUUAUGGCCAAACAACCGACGGUAUCCCGGAUAGAGGCCAUGUACUAUUCAUUACUGCGCUUGUAAUGGUGCUCAUUGCGACCAUCUUUGUCACCAUUCGACUGGCAACCAGGGUUCAUCUGAAGCAGUUCGGCUGGGAUGACCUUUUCCUCAUCAUUGCCCUACUGGCAUCGGCCAUGACAACAGCCGCUAUCAAUUUGUCCGUCGUGCAUGGUUAUGGCAGGAAAAAAGCGGAUAUGGGAGAGAGUAUACAUAUAGCUCUUAAGUGGUUUUUUGUUGCCCAGGUUCCCUAUAAGAUUGCUCUAGGCUUUACGAAAGCUUCUAUCGUCCUCCUUUACCUCCGAAUAUUUAUUACAAAGUCUUUCCAACGCGUGGGAAAGGCUUUUCUGGCCAUCAUUGCCGCAUGGACAGUCGCGUCAGUCCUCGUGACAAUUUUUCAGUGUAUCCCAAUCGAAGCUUCUUGGAACCACAAUAUCAAGGCCAAACGAUGCGUGGAUAAAGAUAGCUGGUGGUAUGCAUUUGCAGCAAUGAACACCGUUACCGACGUUUCGAUCGCCAUUCUCCCCAUCCCCCCAGUUCGCCACCUGAAGCUUUCGAAGCGCGACCGAAUUGGGCUUUGCUUUGUUUUCGGUGUCGGGGCAUUCGUCUGCGUCACUAGUAUCCUCCGUACAGUCGCAGUAUCUCAAACAUCGACUGGCUUAGAUCAAAGCUGGGAUUUCAUCCCUCGCUCAGUCUGGACUCUGGUCGAGUGCAACACGGGAAUAAUCUGUGCAUGUCUCCCUAUGAUGCGCCAGCCGCUAAGCUUUCUGUUUCCAUCGCUUUUCAGAGGCUCGUCUCAGAAUGAAUCAGAAAACCUUCGCUAUGCUCCGAUUGAACUGAGGUAUACAAAGCGCCAACAGCGUCCGGGAGGGAGUCAAAGCCAAGAGAACAUUUUACAAUCGGAUGUGCGAGGCGGAGUGGCUUUGGUCGAGGAACAAGGUAAUCACGUCUGUUUUACGACAGAGAUCCAGCAAAAUGUUAUGAAUGGGAAUAUGAACUUGAAGGGACACCAUUUGUCAUCCUCUUCAAAGUUCAUCCAAGGUUAA